AUGGACGAUGAUGUUUGGACAGUGACCCGGCUAGGAUUGGCUUUUUUCUUCAUCUUUUCCGCUUUCAACAGUCAAGCAUAUAUUGAGAUUGCUGUCCUUCGAAACUUAUCCGAAACUGGGGAUUUCGGCCUUUCACCAAACUCGGGAUAUUAUAGCUUUUGCAUUAUCUAUUUCUCGUUUACAAUCGCGAACCUUCUAACGCCACCAAUCAUCGCAAAAUUUGGAGCAAAGUGGUCAAUGGUUAUUGGUUGUCUCUGUUAUUCCUUCUUUCUCAUCGCUUUUCUUCAUCUUAAUUCAUGGCUUCUCUACUCUCUGUCAGCUCUUCUUGGAGUCGGAGCGGCAUUGUUGUGGACGGGAAAUGGUGUAUAUUUGGUGAAAUUCUCUCGUGGUCAACAUAUGACAAGGAAUAGUGUCAUUAUGUGGACAAUGUUUCAAUCGUCAUUAGUGGCUGGUGCGGCAUUCUUGGCCAUCGUUUUGUUGAGGGGUGAUUUGGUCUCUUCGUAUCGUUUUAUUUACGGGGUUUUCUUUGCUCUUUGUUUUCUUGGUUUUCUCGUUUUACUUACAUUGCCAAAUGAUAUUAAAAUGAUGGAAGAAGCUGAACCGUUGCUUGGAGAAGAACCAGCACAAUUACCAACAAGUUUACAAGAGGAAUUUGUUUCUACAUUUACAUUGUUGAUGAGCAGAAAAAUGGGAAUUUUCACGUUUAUCUCGGGUUUUUUGGGGAUUAUGGGAUCUUAUUUGGGAGGCAUUUAUACUGCAUGUAUUUCGGCAACAACUCGUUUAAGUGGCUCAAAUGAGGCGGUGAUUGCGUUCAAUGUGCUCGCAAUGGGAGUCGCUGAGAUUAUUUGUGGCUUCUUUUUGAGUUUCCUUGCUCAAUCGCAACGCAUAAAUUCAUCUUCAAAAUUUGAUCGAAAAACGAUAACCUUAAUCGGAUCGAUAAUGAUCAUUGUUGUCUGCAUUUUGUCAUUUUUAAAUCUUCCUGUUGAAUCAACGAUGAGAAAAACGAAUGAAAUCGGAAUAAUAGAACCUAGCCUCCUAUUGUCUCUAUUGACUGCCUUCUGUUUGGGUGUGGCUGAUUCGUGUUGGCAGACACAAACACUGAACAUUCUUGGAGAUACAUAUAAAGGAAAAGAGGCCACUCCAGCCUUUGCACUCUUUAGAUUCUUUCAGGCAAUGUCAGCUGGAGUGGCUUUUCUCUAUGGUUCUCUUCUUUCUCUUCACUGGCAAUUGUUGAUAAUUUCAAUCACUUCAAUUCUCGCUUUCGCUGCUUUCGAUCAAUUCGAGUAUUGGCGAUUGCAAGAGAGAGCAGAUCUAGGGGAAAUUGUUGAUGAU